GACGCCUGUGAUAAGUGUGUGGAUAAUUGUAGACUCGCAAGUAAAUAAUUUCCAGGUCGAGGGUCUCAUCUACUUUCGUCUCUAACAUCUUCAAAUAAGAAAAAGGUUUGGUUCAGAGCACGUAUUCAUAAUCAGUGUUGCUAUCGAAACAAAAAAUGAUCAAGUGCGUCUUUCAUUUGUUCAUCCUUCUGAAUUUCUUCGGUGGGAGUUUGAGUUCAAGUUUGAGAACAUCGAUAAAACAGGAAAGAGAAUUUGUUUGUCCCGAUCAAGAGACCGGUUUCUAUCCCGAAGAUGAAAAUAUUUGUUCCGCUACUUAUUACACGUGUGUAAAUGGCGUUGCUUACCCCCAGCAAUGCCCUGGAAUAACUGUUUUUGAUCCUGUUAGCAGCAAUUGUGUUGAUUUCGAAGUUUCCUCUUGUUACGUGCCCUCGUUCACAUGUCCGUCUCCCGAAGGAUUCUAUCCAGUACCCGCAACCUGCGGAAGUGAUUAUUUCAUCUGUGUCGGAGGAGACCCUUCAUCCGCGACAUGCCCAUUUGAAGCAAUAUUCGAUCCUGUCACUUUUGCCUGCGUACCUCCCGAGCAAGCAUCCUGCAACCAGCCGUUCACUUGCCCGUCUUCAGAUGGACUUUUCCCGUAUCCAGGCGCUUGUUCCGCAAUGUAUUAUAAUUGCACUGAAAGUCAAAGCUCCAUACAGUAUUGUUCUGCCGGCUAUUAUUUUGAUCCGGAAGUUUUGAGCUGCGUGUUGAUUGAGGAAGCUAGUUGCGCACCUGGCGGUGUUACGACAACGACAACGUCAACGACAACUUUUAGCUCAAUGACAUCUUCAACGCCCACAACUUUAAUACCUACAACACCGGAACCAUUUGUAUGUCCAGGCGACGGAUAUUACUCUACCGGCGUAUCUUGUACUGGCAAUUUUUAUAAUUGCACCGGUGGACAAUUCUACGUUGAGUCCUGCCCUGGAGAUAUGGUUUUUGUUCCAGAAUAUUCAAGCUGCGUGUUGUUCUUGUACACCACCUGCGCUCCUGAUGGAUGGAAUACCACCACAGCCUCGCCAACUGUUUCUUCAGCUACUUUUACUUGUCCAAUGCCCAACGGAAAUUUCCAAGUCCAUGGGAAUCGCUUGGCGUUUUGGAAUUGUCGUAAUGGGAUCCCAGAACUUCAAAGUUGCUCAAAUGGCAAAGUUUUCCGUCCUAGCAUUGGUACUUGCGUUUAACCGUCAAGUCCGCAACUUUUUAUCCAUAAUCAAGAAUACUUUGACAAGGACAAAAA